AGAGCUGAGGUUAAAACAGGAACUCGGAGCGAACACGAACCCAAAGCUGUCGCUGGCAGCAGGUGCCUGAGCAAAAAGCAAGUUUGCCAGCAGGAACUGGUGAGCCUUUAAAGAUGUGGAAAGCAGCUGUGGGACACAACGUGUCAGUGAAGGUGGAGGCUCGGGGAGAUGACUGGGACACGGACCCUGAUUUCGUGAACGACAUCUCCGAGCGGGAGCAACGAUGGGGAGCCAAAAGCAUCGAGGGCUCCGGCCGCGCCGGGCACAUCGAUAUCCAUCAGCUGAGGAGCAAGGUAUCAGAGGAACACGAGGUCAUCAAGAAGAAGGAGCUGGAGACUGGCCCCAAGGCAUCCUAUGGCUAUGGGGGCAAAUUUGGAACAGAGCGAGACCGAAUGGAUAAGUGCGCAGUAGGACACGAAUACAUCGCUGAUGUUGGGAAGCACUCSUCCCAGACAGAUGCAGCCCAGGGCUUUGGUGGCAAGUUUGGAGUCCAGCAGGACCGAGCAGACAAGUCAGCACUGGGCUUUGAAUACAAGGGUGAGGUGGAGAAACACUCAUCCCAGAAAGAUUACUCCAAGGGCUUUGGUGGGCGUUAUGGAGUGGAAAGGGAUAAGGUGGACAAAGCAGCUGUGGGAUUUGACUACAAGAGCCAGGCAGAGAAGCAUGACUCUCAAAAAGACUAUUCUGUGGGCUUUGGUGGGAAGUUUGGAGUCCAGAGGGAUCGUCAGGACAAGAAUGCCCUUGGCUGGGACCAUCAGGAGAAAGUGCAACCCCACGCAUCCCAAACAGACUGUGCCAAGGGGUUUGGAGGCCGUUAUGGGGUCGAGAAGGAUAGAGUGGAUAAGAGCGCUGCUGGCUUUGAUGAGAUGGCAGCUCCCACUUCCUCCUAUGAGAAAACAAGACCCCUGGAAGCAGGAGCCUCCAGUGGCACCAGCAGCCUGCGGUCACGGUUUGAGCACAUGGCCAAGUUGGCAGAGGAGGACAGCAGAAGGCAGGCCCGGGAGCACCAGGAGGCACGGCAGCAGAAAGUUCCACCAAGAGAGAAGGAAUACACUGGGGCAGACCCUCCAGCUGUGCCAGCAAGGGUACCCAGGAGUGCUGCUGGAGAUCGGCCCGUGUCACCAGGAGAGCAGGAGGCCAAAAGGGAGGAUGAAGAGGUACCACCGACUUUGCCACCAAGGCCUGCAGAUCUGGAUGCAGAGCUGUGCAAGGUCCCCAGCCACGGUCAGCCCAUCUGCAGUAUAAGUUUGGAUGUUGGUGGAGACUAUGAGGAGCUGCCAGAGCCCUCUGACUACUGUGACAGUACCAGUGGAGGUGCUGACUAUGAGGAGCUGCCAGCCCCACCAGGAAAGCUGGAUGCCACCUAUGACUUUGGAGGAGAUGGAGGUGAAGACUAUGAGGUGAUCCUUGCUCAGGAGCCCAGAGAAAACCAGCCCAACCUGGAGAACAUGGACAGAAUUUSUGAGGGGCAGAACUCGGGGAUCUGUGCGGUGGCUCUCUACGAUUACCAAGGAGAUGGAGAUGAUGAGAUUUCUUUUGAUCCUGAUGACUCAAUCACACACAUUGAGAUGGUGGAUGAAGGCUGGUGGCGGGGACAGUGCCAUGGCAGAGUCGGCCUCUUCCCAGCAAAUUAUGUGAAGCUUCUGCAAUGAAAUGAGCACUGUGCAAGCUGCUUCCUUCCAAAAUUUUACCUCUGUCUGCUUCAGCCUUUUCCAUGUUAGCAGCUUCAUUUAGCUCAGCUUAGUGUAUCCACAUUCAGAGAAAUAUGAAGGAACAAACUGGCAGUGUCGGGAGGGAAUGUUUUGUUUUAUGCCCAAGAGGAUUUUGAUCCCAAUCCACUUCCAGAUGGGAAAGAUGGGAUGGUUUAAGAGCAUAUGAGUGCAAUGUAAGGUGUCUCAUCUCUUCUAAGCUGCCCUACGUGUGAGCCAGCAAGCCUGCAGAAGCAUGUCUUGUUCCAGUGGGGCAAUUUCUGGAGAAGAAAGACCAAAUCUAGUCCAGGCAAUGCAGAAGGGAUGUGAGCUGUGAGACCUUUCAUUUCCUGUGGCUCUGGAUCUCAUCCUAGUUAGRGGUCGGGAAAAAGAGCACUGGGAAAGCCAAAUUUGCAUUUAUUCCCAGGAAGGGGUUCCACUUUUAGGAUGAGCCAUGUUUGCAGCAUGGAGCAGAGGAAUGUGAACGUGGUGUGUGUGCCCUUUUUGGGCACAUGUGUGUCUGUCYCUGAGGGCUGUGAUCUUCUGCUCUGGCCUGGCUCAGAUUGUGUCCCAGUGAUUCUGUGACAGCUCAUGUCCCCCGUACCUGCUGGAGGCUCCUGAGAAGCCCCACUGACUCUUCAUCACAGAUGUGAGUAAAAGGGUGAGCAGAUGAGAAGCAGGACAGGAGGAAACACUUUAUUGUUAAUUUUUAAAACAGUUUUCAGAAAUGCAAGGCAAAGCCCUCCCUCAAGCCAGUACUUCUUAGGUGGAUGCUCAGCUCUGGGCGUUGUUCCUGUGUGGGAUGCAGGUAUCAUCACAGCAGGAAUAAAGCAGGAACAGCUGGCUARAGCAGCAGCUGAGGAGCUGUGGGACUGAGGGACUGUGGGAGCACACCCCAGUCACUGCCACAGACAGCCGUGGCUGCAGAAGGUCCCACUGACACUGAAGCUUUUGAGCUCAGUGUAGUUCACAGAUGAGUUCUGGACCACCCAGCAGUUGAUCAAGCCUGUACUACCUGGUCAGGAGUGCAGCAUUCCUGCUCAGUGUUUGAUCCUGGAAAAACCCACACGCUAUGUCUGUCUGUGACAGGAAAGGUGCAUUGGAAUUCAGGUUAAAAGUUAUCAAUUUUAAUGUAACUCUUCCAGAGGUUUCUGGUUUGGAUUUCUGGUUGGUUGGAUUUGGGGUUUUUGUUUGGUUGGAGUGCUUUGUUAUUUUUGUUUCUCUGAAACUUCCCCAGUCUUUUUUGUUGUGCAGUUCCUGCUGUGUUUUCUGCUGUCCCUUUCCAGGGGCUCUCCAGAAAGGGGUUCAUUGGGCAGACUGACGUGUCCACUGACACUGGACUGAAGGUAUUUUAAGGUUUUUUUUAGAAUCCAGAGGGGCAUCUAGCAAGGAGAGCUGAGGGAUUCACAGCCUGUCUGGGUAGGAGCAACUGCCCAACCCAAGAGGUGGGUUACAGAAACAUUUCUUUCCCUGAAGAAUAAAAUCAGCACAUGUAGUGCACUAAGAAAUGGGAAAUUGCUCCCAACAUUGCUGUGUGUCUCCUAGUCCCAGUUCUGACUCUGUAGUGGAUUUCUUUGGGAACAGAUUAGCUAUUACUGGGUAUCUCUUGGUAACCGAGCUACAGAUGAGCAUAUUUGGGUGCAGCUGACAGGCUGUGUGACUGUGGGUGUGACCUGCCUGUGUCAUCUCCCUUGCCCCAGUGAGCCCCUGCUCCUGGCUUUGCCACAGUGUUGGGCACUGACCAGAUGUACAUGUGUUUGUGAUGUGCUGAUGUUUGCAAAAGCCCAAACAUUGAGCUCACACAACAUGAAGUGAGCAGCCUGCACCCCUGGGGCAUCGCCCCUGCACAGUGUGGUUUGGGGCAGCUCCAACACCUACAGGGGCCUCCAAAUGGAAAGGGUGCUCCUGGCACCAGCCCCAGGGUCACCACCUCUUCCUGGCCAACUUGUACUCAGAAARCACCAAGGGAAAUCUCUGCUGUCAUCACUGAGCAGCACUUUUGCCUCAUGGCUGCUCAUGAUCCUUCCUGGGCAGUUGUCACUCCUGCUCCCGUCUCAUCUCUCCUUGUCCCCAUAGCCAGCCCUGGUUCCUCAUCCCGGUGUGAGCACCGACUCUGCCCCUGAGGCAAAKCAGCGCACUCUUACCAGGAGGCUGAAAUUGCAGAGAUCAGGUCCUUGCGUUCCCAGUUUGCCCGCUUGGUCCCAUCCCCCACAGACUUCUAUCUGUGGGGAACAGGCCACAGGAACUCCAGUACCAAUUACAAAAGCCCASAGCACUUCAUCUGCUCGCCUGGCAUGUUUGUGAACAUAUAAACAAGACCCACAGCGGGCUGGUAAAAGUUGUGGGCUGGUAAAAGCUCAAGGCAGCCACUUCAUUCACCCUUGCUGGAAUCAGUCAGAUCCUGGGCAGAGGCACUGGGAGUGAGAAGGGCCAGGUCUGCACAGACCUCSCACCUUUGAAAUGGCUGCGGACAGGACACACCUGAAACCACUGAAGUUUCAUGAAAGGAGAAAACAGUAACUGGCUAGUGCUUUGACAGGUUCUGGGAAACAUCUGGGUUACAGGAGACACUUUGAAAACAUGUUAUUGCAACAAAAAAUACKAUGUUGAGGUUCCAGGGCUAUAUGCAAACGUGGUUGAAGCUCCUGCCCAAAUUCCUGCUCUGCUCCAGCCACACUGGGUAUAUCCCACAGUAGGUAGGAGCAGUUAUUACACCAUUGCAUACCUCAUACAUAACUUGUUUGURUCAUUCUGGUGCCUCUUGGUCCUAAUCUGGGUCACCUCUGAUUUGUAACUUCCAAAGGGUUUAAUUUAACACAAUUUAUUUCUUUUUUUCUCUCUUCGCUGCCCUUUUCCCAUCCCUGAUCUGUGGAUACAGACUAAGCUGAAACCAGAGGCCUGGGCCUAUCUCAGGCUUAUUCCUCUCUGCCAGAAAGAUUUUCAGUUGCUUUAUUUGAACUCCAAACUUUGCAUUGCAAAAUAACAAAAACAAUUAUCUGAAUGCUGGUACAGCUUAGUUUUGUGAUGGCUGCCAGAAUCUCACAUCUGUAAUUUGGCUGCUGUUUUUCUGUCUAAUGCUUCAACUUCUCCUUCCUGCUGUCCCUGUGAAGGGAGCCAGUACCUGGAAUCAGACUGGGGAAUAUUGGACCACGGCUGCUGCUUCCUGCACAGACACACCACAGUGCUGGUACUAUAAUUCAUCCCUCCCAUUGCUCCCAGAACUCUCCUUGGGAGAGGGAUGGAUUUUUAAAAGUUUCCCUAGAAUAUCUUCUCUCUGGAAAGGAUCAACAAAUCCCAUGCUAAAUUUAAAUAUUCUGCUCCAGCAGCAGCUUUGCACAACUGAUGGCUUUUACCUUUCCCURGGUGCUGUGGGAGAUACAAAACCACGUUUUGUUUAUCUGGAUUGUUUUGGAAGGAAGGGGAGCGAUSAAAGAGGAAAUCUGGCUAAUGAAAGUACUCAAUAGUCAUGUGUGAAUGCAGGGCCCAAUCAGGUCCUGGACAUGUUGGUAACUGGGAUUGGGAUCUCAUAGAGAGAUGAAAACUAGUGCUCGGGAUCUACCAGGGCUUUGGAGAGUAUGUCCUGGAGAUGUGGCUGUCUGGAYCCAGGUGAGAAGGAGCCAGUGUGGAUGACUGGUCCAUGUAGACAGAAGUAAGGUCUGUCAUAGGGUUUUCCUGGUCUGUGCCACCACAUCAAGCUCAAGGUUACAUUUGGUCAGUGACCAGAUCCAGCCCCAGCUUGCCCUGGCUGGUGCAUGAGGUGGGAAGUUGUUUAUUUUCUGUGCUAGGGAAAAAAAACAGUCCCAAUCUAUGAGGAUUUUUUUUUUCUGCAAUCUGGUGUUUGUCUCGCUUCUUGACCCUCCUGUUCURUACAGUGGCUCUGUGGGAAGACUCUGAAGAAAAUGAUUGUGACCCCCAAAUCUGAGCCUGACUGUUUAUUAAUUCCUUGGUACUUUCAGGUAGGGGAUGUAUUGGAUCUCUCUGGGACAGUCUUCCCUGAACACCAUGACUUCUGUUUGCCUGGAAUUUGAUUCUGUGCCUGCUUUUCCAUGUGAAAACCCCCAGCCUGAUACAAGAUCAAACCCACAAAAUCUUUGGCCCCCUACCACAUCCWUCUCUCCAGCUCUGCACAGUGAGAUGCAGCUUUAGCYGAGACAAGCGGCUCAUGCAGUCAGAGCUGAGGAGACCAAUUUGUCYUAAAUUUCCAUUGCAUCCAUUUUUCCUCAUCCCCAGGCUUGGGAAAAGCAGGACACAGGCCUUUGGGAAAGGGCAGAUCAGCUGCAGGGAGGGAAACAGCACCAAAGCCCCCAAGAUGGGCUGGUAUGGAAUUACAGCCAUGCUGGAGGAAGGAGAGGCCCAACCUGUGCCCAUGUGGCCCCUCUGCAUCCCCUCCCACUGCAGCAACACCCCAGGGCCACAAGCACCAGAGCCACAGGGGAACAGAAAGGAACUCUGGAGGUUGUUGAGCCCAAAGCCCUCCCUUGCUCAGGGGCUCCUGACCUUAUCACUCUUGAAAAUUAGUAAGAUAGUUUCUUUCGUGYCUCAGUGAAAUUGCCAGUAUUUCAGGUUGUUUCCAUUGCCUUCUGUCCAUUCCUGGGACACCUCAGGUUCCCUUCAAUGCUCACACUURGGAUUUCAACCCAUCAGUAAACCCCACUGACCUCCUAAUUCUGAGCAGUCCCAGCCCCCAGUCUCUCCUUACCUGUCAGGUUCUCAGACRUUGUAACGAAUCCAUGCUGGAGUCCAGUCCUGACCAGGCUGUCUUGUACUGGGGAGCCUGAAACAGGAGCCAGGGCUCCAGCUGUGCCUCACCUGUGCCCCAGGGAGGGGAUGGGCAAGUGUUCAGGCUCCCACAGCUGAGGGUGUUCUCAGACCAGAGRGGUGUACUGCUGACUCAGGGGUGGCUCAGGGCCUUCAGAACAGCCAGGUAAUUCUCUGCAACUCUGCUCUGGUCCCCCAAAUGGAAAUAUCCCUGCCUGGGUGUAGGACAUGGCAUUUCCCUCUAGGAACUUAAUGAAAUUCCCAUUAGCCCAUUUCUCCCUGAAGGGACUAGCCCARAUAGAGACCAUGGCAGGAGAGGUACACACCCGAGGGACUGCAGCCUGUGCCAUGAAUGAGUAAACAAGAAGAGGAACAAAUUACAAGUAGAAAAGUGAAGGCCUGCCCAGCCCCAGCCGCCUGUGCUGUGUCACCUCCCCCAGGGACUGGGAGAGACUGGGCAGAACCUGCAGGGAAAGAGGGGAGAAAAGAUGUUGGACUGAAGCUGAACCUGGGAAAACAGAGGAAAGGUGUUUCCCCAAGUGUUUUUUUUAAUCAUCAUCUUGGGUU